CAGUCGGUCAGUCCGCUUACCUCAACAGCGGCUCCGUCUGGGCUCCAUACUACACAUUCGUACAGCCUGCAUUCUUCCUCUGGAAGACAGUUUUUUUUCCACCAUGGGCGACAAGAAAAGCCCAACAACAAGGCCGAAGAGACAAGCGAAGCCCUCGGCGGACGACGGAUACUGGGACUGCAGCGUGUGCACGUUCAGGAACGGCGCCGAGGCGUUCAAGUGCAGCAUCUGCGACGUGCGCAAAGGCACCUCCACCAGGAAACCCCGGAUCAACUCCCAGCUAGUGGCUCAGCAGGUGGCCCAGCAGUAUGCCACCCCACCUCCAGCCAAGAAAGAGAAGAAGGAGAGGCCUGAGAGAGACCGCCAUGAUCUAGACCGGCCUGACAGGGUCCUCCCGGAUGAGGACGUGACUGACCAAGUCCGUUCAGAUGCCGAACGUCCUGACGGAAUCCGCUCGGAUGCCGACCGCCAAGACAAGGAGCGGCCAGAGAAGGAUAAGACAGAGGCAGAGCGGUUCGACAAGGAGAAACCGGACAGGGAAAAAGACAUCACCCCCACCAAAAAAAACAGCAGCAAAAAGACAAAAGCCAAGUCAAGCAUACAUCAGAGUCCACCCAGUGAAAGACACAGCAUCCGGUCAGGGAACUCCACAAAGAGCAGCAGCACUCGUAUUUCAAGGCCAAAGCUGAAAAAUGUGGACCGGAGCACUGCCCAACAGCUGGCGGUUACCGUGGGGAAUGUUACAGUCAUCAUCACAGACUUUAAGGAGAAGACACGUUCCUCGUCCACCUCCUCUUCCACAGCAACAUCUGGCACAGGCUCUGAACAGCAGCACCAGAGCUCGGGCUCCUCCCGUGCCUCCACCCCCAAAGGACAUCUCUCUGCGGGGCAUGACGAGUCCUUUUGAACCCACCCCCCUCCCAAGAACCUUAUCCCUGGCGGACACCUCCCUCUUCCCACAGCAAGGGCUAAUGGGAAAGAAGGAGUUCAAUGCACUCGGACCUGCGGGCUGAUGGCAAUGCCCCUCCCCCUCACCUUCAUGGGGACACCAGGCACUAACCUGUUUCAUAGUUUAACGUGCGUUUCCCAAGGAUCAUUUGUAAAUGAAUGUGUUGCUGAAUCAACAUUUCGUAUAGAAGAAGUUUGCUCCGCUCUGCACAGUUUCAUGUACAUUUUAAUCAUUUUGAUUGAUUAUUGUUCUUAUUUAUUACUAGUGGCAACUGUAUACUUUUUAGAGGCUAUUCUCAUUUCGUCCAAGCAUUUCCUCAGUAGCAGUUUAAAAAAAAAAAAAAAAAAAAAAU